CUCUGUAAACGUAUUUAUGUGUAAGGUCGUUGUCACUCGAUAGCCGCGUUAUAAUUGAUGAAAAAUUAUGUUACGUUCACGCGAUAUUACUACUAGUCACUGUAUAUAUAUAUUACUACUCAGCACGCGUCGACGCGUAAAAUAAUCAACGUAUCUAUCGUAUCCAACGCACCGCCUAACGACGCAACACGUGCGAAUUUGCAUUGACUAAACUUGUGCAGAAAAAAAUUUAUUUCAGAGGAAAGUUGACAAAAGCGCGCCCCAAGGUUUUGAUAAGAUAAAGCAAUUAUGCUGUUUAUUUUUUUGUUACGAUGAUAUAUUGUAUACAUUACUAUACAUUACUGCGGCGGCGAGGGCGGCCUAUAGGCCAAGUUUACGAUAUAUACACAUACGCACAAUUGAGAAGCUCGUAUAUAUUAACACAUAAAAUAAAAUUUGUAUAUUUUAAUUGAUAUGUUUAUGCGCGAAGAAAGAGAGACAGAACCCAGGAGUUUUUUCACCGUUCACGAGCAGUUAAGAUAACACACGCCGAGUCGUAUACACACAGUCGUAUACGAUUUUCCAAAGACGCCACUCUGAUAAAAGAGAGGUGAGAGAGAGAUUGCGUAUUUAUUAUUAAUCCAGGUUGUAAAAUUAUAGAUAAUAAAGCGCCCGCGUCUGCAGAUGAUUAUUACAUAUCUUCUCUCUGCUCGCGAUUUUUCCUUUCGAAGAAAAACGAACCGCUGAUAUCGUCGUCGACAGUGAGGCGCUGUGAAGCGAUCCGUGAGGCAGCAACUGCGUAUAUGCUCGUAUAGGUGAACACAUGUGCGUGAGAUUGAAUAUAUUAUAAUAAUGACGAUGAUGAAGUUUCGCAAAAGCACGAGCGCGAGCUUUUUGUGCUUGUGUGCGUUGUUGGUCACGUGUACAGCGGCGGCGGCAAAAAAUGCGACGGACGAUGAUCGGUUGACCAAGGCGGUGGAAGAAACAGCGUUGACAAAACUGCGUCUACUGCAUGUGCUUGCUAUCAAUCGAUUUUACGUACCAAACUACGAUGAGGAAUCAAUGCAAAAUCUGACUGACAAAUCUUCAAAUUCGAGUAUUUAUGAAAAUGGGAAAAAUGUUUCAUACACAAAAAAGGCAUUUGAACUCCCAAAAAAUCUGUCGUACGAAUAUUUCCUCGAGAAUGCUCUUUUAAUACCAAAUCCCGUGAAAGAGCAGCUUUACGAACUAGGUGUGCAACUUCGUCAGCAGUACUCUGCUUUUUUGAACGACAUAUACAUGGACGAGAGGAUGAAAGCGCAUACAAAUGAGUUUCCGGUAUCUCAAAUGGCUGGAGAGUUGGUCAACGCCGGACUCUAUCCGCCCGUUCGCGAACAGAUAUGGAACGCCGAUCUUAUGUGGCAACCCAUACCUUUUGAAUACAGAAUGAAAAACGAAGACAUCUUCAUGAUCGGAACGACGUGUCCUCGCUUCAAGCGCGAAACCGAGGCGGUACUGAAUCUUCACGCGAAGGAAAAAUCCAAAUUGAUGGAAUUUUUGCACGCACAAAAUAUAACCGUGAAAAGCCCCAUCGAUAUCUCACUUCUGUAUCUCGCCCUCGCCAAUGUGAUGGACUUGAACCAAGCAUCCGUGCCCGACUGGGUGCCAUCGAAGCUGGGCGAGCUGAAAAACGCCAGCCUCGACGGCUACCGGCUGCUCUCGAAGACGACGCUGCAGCAGCAGCUGAACGGCGGCGCCUUCCUCAAGCGGAUCGUCGACGAUUCGCGAAAAUUUAUCAACGGUUCCUUGCCGGGACGACAGAUCACGGCCUACAGCGGCGACGAGCGACUUUUCUACGGCGUCAUGGACAUUCUCGGCAUGCCGGCAUUCGAGCUGCCCAACAGCGGCUCCGCGCUGGUCUUUGAGCUCGUCAGCCGAGGUGAACAGUACUUCAUGAAGGUCCUGUUUUACCUGGGCCCCGACAGCGAGGACAUUUGGCUGGCUCUAGACUUGCAGAUGGGCAAUUCGACGACUCUGACGCCGUUGGACGUGUUCGAGAAAAAUAUCGAGUACGCCCUGCCGAGCGGCGAUCCGAAAAAACUCUGCAGCGGAGCUUCGUCGCUGAUAUCGAACUUCUUUCUGAUCUGUGGACUCUUGGCUUUGCUCAGCCGCGUUGUUAACUGUACGAGCGAGUGAAAAACAAAAUUGUUGCUGUAAUUUUUUCGCUCGCUUUCUCACCGUGUAAAUAAAUAC